UUCUUUCAGUUUUCAGUUUUUCGUGUAGGUAUUACUUUGAAAUUUGAAUUUGAAUUUUAAAUUUUACCGAUAGAUACAUCGUACAUCGGAUAAAAUAAUAAUUUAACUUCAAAAAUUCCCAAUAGUAAAUCAUCCAACAUGACUGACCAAAACAUUUUAGAUAAAUCUAUGAGGAGUGUUUUCGUGGGAAACAUUCCAUAUGAAGCCACCGAAGAAAAAUUAAAAGAUAUUUUCAGUGAAGUGGGACCUGUAAUAUCAUUCAAACUAGUAUAUGACCGAGAAACAGGUAAACCCAAAGGUUAUGGAUUUUGUGAGUACAAAGAUCAAGAAACUGCGCUUAGCGCUAUGCGAAAUCUUAAUGGAUAUGAAAUUGGUGGACGUACUCUACGUGUUGACAACGCUUGUACAGAAAAAUCCAGACUUGAAAUGCAGUCUUUAAUGAUGGGAAUGCCUUCUUCGGAAAAUCAUUAUGGUGAAGCCGUAAGUGCUGAAAAAGCUCCAGAAGCCAUAAGUACUGCAGUCGCAUCUUUACCCCCAGAACAAAUGUAUGAGCUCAUGAAACAAAUGAAAGCCUGCAUUCAAAAUAAUCCAACUGAAGCUAGAAACAUGUUACUACAAAAUCCUCAACUUGGAUACGCAUUAUUACAAGCACAAAUUAUAAUGAAAAUAGUGGAUCCUCAAGUCGCAGCUAGUAUGUUGCAAUCUUCUAAUCAAGUUCCACCUACUCCAAUACCCAAUAAUUCUGUUACUGCAACAACAACCGUCAAUCCAAUGCCUCAUAUGCCCAAUAAUGAUAAUAAUGUGUGGUCACAACCCAAGCCUUCAAUUCCUCCAAUGAUCCAGUCUCAUGUAGAAGACAUGGAUUUAAGACAAGUAAAUCGUGGCCGGGUCAUGGAUCAAGAUUUAAGACAACCACCAAUUCAAAUGCCAAUCACUCAACCAUUGUCAUCAAUACCAGUUGAAUCGUCUAUUCCACCACCAUUACCGGUAUCAAGAGACCCUCGAGCACCAGUAUCGAUGGAUUCAGAUAUUCGAACUUAUACAAUUAGAGAUCCUAGAGCAAACACUAGUAAUGCUGCUGCAACACCACCACAAAUACCUCCUCAGGCUGUUCAGCAACCUACUCGACCACAGGUACAACUGCCUAAACCCGGUUCUUCUACAGAUACAGAAAAGGCGGCAUUAAUCAUGCAAGUGUUACAAUUAACUGAGGAACAAAUAUCAAAAUUGCCUGCAGAACAACGACAAAGCAUACUUGUUUUGAAAGAGCAAAUAGCUAAGUCUGCUCAGAGAUAAUUUUACUUAGAUAGUAUCUUUAAACUUUUAAUACAUUUAAUUUAUUUACGAAUAGGUUUAAUUUUUAAAACUAUUAAUAUUUUAAUUGAAUGA